CGCAUGAAAAUCUCUCGCUCUUUUUGUCAGUGCGUCGGAAAAUGCGAGUUUCAGUGGCUGAGUUUCAGUUCCAGCAUCAGCGCCAUCGAGUGAGGAGCGUGUUUUGGGGACCGGAAAAUCCGUGAAAACUGUUAGGAGCACACACACACACCCCAGCCAAAAAAAAAAUGGAAGAAAGGAAGACCCUGCGAAAAGCAGUCAACUCAGCGGAAUUUAAGAAUAAUUAACAAGACCGCAGCGAAACCCAGCUCCAGCGGAACGCAAAUUAAAAACGCGGAAGAGGACCCAACAAAAUUGAAUUCGGUGGAAAAAACGUAGAGUUUGCGUUUUUCCUACGGCUUUUCCAUCGCUUUUUUGGCCAGCGCGAAUAUCGAUUGCUGACUGCCUUGCAUAAGUCCACGAAGAUUAGUAUACAAACUGGAAAAGCGAUUCAAAUGACAACGAACAACAACAGCCGCACUUGUAGUAAUUAUGUUUUUUAAUUAUCAAUAUUGAAGCAGUCAACAUGGAGCAGCUGAAGUCAAGGAUUUCAAAGCCUCACCCAGACAAUUGACACGAAAAAAAUAGAGUCGAAAACAAAAAGAGCACAAUUUCCCAGCAUAUAUAUAGGAGUUGACGUGUGUGUGUGUGUGUUUGCCCCUGUUUCGCUUUUCUUUUCUUUUCUUUUGCAUUUUAUUUCUUUUGUUGCCGUUUGAAAAUGGAUAUUGCCUUGCGUGGCACAAACAACAGAACAUCAUCAACAUCAUCAACGACUGGAACUGGUCUGCAUCAUGCUGUGUCAUUGGGCAACAUUGAGGUCUCCACCAAGACCACUUACUCCAGCCACAUGGAUCGCAGCUACGACUCCGAAGACGAACACACUGGUCGCCGAAGACUUCGCCACACACUCUCCUCGGAGCUACAGCCUCGCACUUCAGUCUACUCACGCGGAGAUAUUAGGGAACAGUACUGCCUCACAGAUCGCCAGCUGCAUAGCAUAGAGCAGCGUCCUAGGCGGGAACGAUUUUUUGGCUGCCUUUCGCGUCGUGGUCAAACGCAAUCGGGCAGUUUUUUGGGCGGUUGUGUCGGUCGUCGAGUGCCCUCCGAUGAGAAUCUGGCCGCCUAUGCUCCGUUUGAGAAAUAUCCACGCUACCAAAACAACUACACAGACACACACGAAUUGGAAAGUUCCUAUUUUCGCCGUCAACCGGCUUCGAUUUUGAGCACUGGUAAAUCGGGUGAAGCGGAUCCGGGUGGUCGUUACACCUGGAUUGGUCAGCAGCAGCAGAUGACCAACAACAACGCCGACUACCAAUCGGACCACAGCUCGUAUCACUGCCCCACUUAUGCCACAAUGCCAACCACUCAUCACCAACAUCAUCAUCAGCAACAGGCCGGAAAUGUGAGAACCAAGCACGUGAGCUUCGCCAGAUCCCACACACUCACCAGCUUCGACAAUGUGAAUGCCGGAUUUCGGUCCACGGGGCGAUUGAAAACCGCCCGGAGUCAGGAGCGUUUAAUUGGGGGCAAGAAGCCGAUUAUUGCCACGGGUUCCAUGUACGAGACCCUCCAGCCACCGCUCCUCAGUCAGCAGCAGAUGCCACAGCCACAGCAAAGCUCCACUCUGCCAAAAACCUGGCUGCCACCACCAGUUCAACUGCAACCCUGCCAGCACCACCAUGCCCCAAUCCACCUCCACCAACCGAUUCCAGACAACAUGGUUGGCCUGAUUAUACCACAGCCUCUGCCUUUGGCUCUUCCACUGCCCAGUCCCGAAGUUCUCAUCGUGGAGAAGAAGUUCCGCAAUGCCAUGAAGACGCAGGCCACUCAAACGGAUGCCGCUGCCCGUCGACAGGGUCAAGUUGGCUAUAAUACUCAAGUUCUGGCCUUAAGUCCUCGGCCACCGCAUCGCAUUAAGGUGGUCUCCCAGGGGGCUCAAACCAAUGGUCUCCAGAAUGGCAAGAAACUAACGAAAAGCCUUUCCGAAAUACCCAAUGGCAAGGAGCUGCCAUCACAUCAGUAUCAAUAUGGCUCGAUUUACCCCCACGAGAUCAUCUACCGCACUCAGUCGCAGGAUGUGGUGCCAUUGCAGACCCUCUCGGAUGCCCAGAACAACAUCAUGUACUACAAACCGCCGCCACCUUUGCUGGAUGCCCAUAGCUAUGGCCUGGGAAUGGAGCACCUGAGCAGGACUCGACCGUCGCCCUCCGAACAGAAUGUGGAGUAUGUGAAUGUGAAUGCCGCGGCAGUGGCUCUGAAUGAAAGCUUCGACUACGAGAGCAACAGUUUGCCUCGACGAACGAGCACCUCGCAUACGGAUUACUUCUCGAAUAGUCUGCCCAGGCGACACAUUACAGAGGGAUCGGAACUCAUGGCCGAGAAUGUGCCCCUCGACUUUAGCCAAUCGCAUUUAUUGCCGCCACCAAGUGAGUACUGCAAGAACGACGACGAUGUGGAUGUUGAUGUGGAUGUCGAUGUGGAUGUGGAUGUGGAGGAGUACUACGAGGAGGAGGAGGAUCAUCCCCACGAAACGGAGAGUUAUAGUUCGGAGGUCUGCAUGGAACAGGCUGCCCAACAUCGCCGAAUGUCCAUGUUGCCCCAAAUGAUUGACUCCCCAUUUCGUCGCGAUGACUUGAGACGCCAAUCCAUGCCGGUCUAUGGGCAAACCGAGAAGCUCAUCGAUGGCUUCGGGCCGAGAACAUCCUUUCGAAGGCGCGACAAGGUCAGCUGUUUUCCGGAUGAGCCACUCAGUGCACCUGCGGUUCGAGAUCGAGAUGAGCAGGAAAUAUUUAUAGAUUUCAAGCCACACGUUUCGCCAAAGCCAAGUCCUAAAUUGCAACUGAAGCACAGGAAGCAACAUAAGGCCGAAAUUGCGAUGAGAAAAAUGCAGCAACAAAGAAUGGCCCAGGCAGCAGCUUUAACUUUGCCAAAACUGAAAUCGGUCGAAGUUGAGGUUAGAAAAGCGGAUUUGGAGCCCAGUGAUGAGGAGGAUGAUGAGGAUGAAGUCUCUGAGCCCGAAGAGGAAGACGUUGAGGAGGAAAUCGAUGAGGAUGAGCAGAAACUGGAGACAGAUCAUCCGGAGGAUGAGGAGCCGCUCUACGAGAACAUAACACCAUGUAAUUACCGCGUGGAAUCGCAACCGCAACUGGGGGAUAUUCAAGACAAGAGAUCUCAGUUCCGCAAGCGUUCUGUGAGCCUGGAUGAUGACUAUGAGGCGAAGACUUCGGGAACUCCAACUCCUGGCCUGCGAUUGCCAUCCACUCCAGCGAGUCCUUGCCGCGACGAACUGCUGGCCAAUGUCUCAACCUAUCCAUCCUCUGACUCGCUGGCCAACGACAACACACGCGAUCAUUCCGAUGGCAUUUGGAACGAGUCGCAGGUCACUGUCUUGACGGCUGAACAUCGCGAUAUAUCCGAUGCAUCGUAUAGCUCCAAUUUGCUAUUGACUCCCUCGUCGAAAAGGAAGAAUCUACUGCUGCAGCACCAGCAAAGAAGUUCGGUGGACACCGAUGCCCUGGAUUUUGAAGAACAAAGCCCCACCUAUGGCCUACAAACACUGCCGAAGAUCAUCAAGACCCCCACACCAACCGCAUCGAGGCCUACUUCCACUCAACCUCUAAUGCCGCCACCAGCCAUCGCUGUGACCCCAUCAUCGAAUCAGAUACUGGACAGCUCUAUAUGUUCACCACUUCCCAAGAGGAGCAUGGUGGCCAGGGGAUCGGUUCCGGAUGCCCGACAGCUCAUGUUUAUAGGCGGAGCUGCCAAGCAAAGACACUCGGAUGCUUCGUUCCUGCCAAUGGGCGUUACAGAUUACGUCCGGAGUGCGGAUAUAUCGGAGUGCAGUACGAAUACAGAUGAGUAUGCCACCUGCACGGACACCUCGAAACGAACGCCAGUUUCCACACAAAGUUCGCAGUUGGAGAAGACACAUGCCGGAAGUUCCUUCGAAAGCGCCAGUUCGUUGUACUCCAUGAGGGAGGAACUACUGCAACAUGACGAAAAGGAGAGGGAUAAGCAGGCCACUUUGACCAAAUCCCAGCUCAAGUCACCCAUUGGUUCGGUGGCUGAGUUGACCAGGAAAUCGCCCUCGCACUCCAUCAGUAGCACCACCUCUUCGGGAAGUUGUCCCGUCUCCGGAGCAGCCAUUAAAUCUCCAGCCAAAGAAAGUCAAACACAAACGGUGAUCAGCUUGGGUACAGCUCAAAUGAAAGUCAGUACGGCGGAAAGUAGUGUGCCGCCCGGAGUUAAGCCCAAGCCCGAUUCAAUAUCAGAAGAUGAGCGCAGCGAAAUGCGAUACUCGUCUUCAGGGUACUACGAAAGUCCUCAUGACGACGACGACGAAGAGCAGGGCAUGCGAAGCAAAGCCCGGAGAAUUCGACAGGAAGAUGAAAGGAAGCGGCGCAAAACCAGCAUGAAACUGGACAUUGAAAAGGAGAAUAUGCGUGCCCUGACCAGUCCCAUUAAAAAGCCCACAGGAUCAUCGAGCAAGGUCACCUCACCAGAGCAACAGGUACCAGGAUCCAUGGAUAAUGGCAGCAGUCCCAGCAAGAUGAAACGCUUUCGACCCAAGAUUCGACGACAGUUGAGGAAAAGUUCACGGGAGGAUGUCCUGGCGGCGGCAGCGGGGCGAAGGAGUCGCGCCACACCCACCAUUUUUGGCCUGAGCAGCGGCAGUGGCGACACAGAGUUGCUACUAGAUGCCAGCAUGUCAAGUGGCGCCCAAGCAGGGGCAAUAAGUGGCGCCCAACCAGGGACAACAAGUGGCGCCUUAGCAGGGACAUCUACCACUACAACCUCAACAUCAUUACACAGUGUGCCUUCAUCAACAUCGAAGGUGACAGCAUCGGAGUCUUUGAUGACCACACAACUUGAAGCAGGAGUUAUACCGUUGACAGUAAAGAAACCACACAGUUGUGCCACGCCCACAUCCCUGCUCUCGCCCAAACUGCCCACAAUAAGCAGCACUCAAUCGAAAUCCACUUCGGACACCUUUCAACUCAAAGCCAAGUCCAUAGAGUCCCUGCGGUCCGUGUCACCAGGCUCGGAUUCAGUGUUCUACAGCGAAGCCGAUGGAAAUGCGGCCAGUGGCGAGCAAAGUCACUGCCUCCAUUGUGGCAAGGAAAUGGAGGGCAAGCAGCAGAGCAACACCAUUAGCGAACUGGCUGGGGACUCGGUCGAAUCGAUACCCUACAUCGAACAGGACAUCGUUAAGCCACCCUCGGACUUUGCCGACUCCCCAGUGACCACCAAGACCACCCAGCGUUUGUACAAAAAGAUGGACAAGCGAUUCCGAUCCGAGGAACGAUAUCACGGCGAACGGGGCAGGCACUACAAAACCAGGCAGGAGAACAUCAGGGCAAAGAGCGAGGAGCGUGGUCGUGCUCCCAGUUUGCCCAAUACCCCAGUCUUGCGUCCUGCUGGCUCGAGUCCUUGUGUCCUGCCUGAUAUCAACACCGAGCAGAGCCAGCACAUCAUCUAUAAGGGUCACUACGACGCAGGUCGCUACACACGUCUGACCGAUGAUGACUUGUGGACUCAGCUGGACCAUCAGUGCUUUGAUCGUUCCAGGGAACGUCGAGCUUCCACGGAGUCCGAAAAGGGCUUCCAUGCCAAAUAUCAAGUGAUCCUCCACCGUCUCGUCCAGCGGCGUUGCACCCUGGAAAUGUAUCAUCGCCAGAAGCACAACAGCUUUCCCAAAUGUAAAGAAAUAAGUGCGAAAAGUUUUGGGAAUAUUUACGUGGUGUUUACACAAUACUCAGGCCAAAUGAUUGAAUUAAUAGCGUCAAAUUCCACGCCGGAUUCGAUUCGACGAAAGUUGGAGGAGGUCUUGAAAUUGAUGCUCCUGGUUUGGGCACGCGAAACAUUUGUGAUAUCCACACUUAGCAACGGUGCACAUGGCGUGGAUAAAACUGUGGUGGUCAAGAGCGAUUCCGGUGAAUUUGGCUUCCGCAUUCAUGGAUCCAAGCCCGUGGUAGUGGCUGCUAUCGAGCCGGAGACUCCGGCGGAGAGUUCCGGCCUGGAGGUGGGCGACAUCAUCAUCUCGGUGAACGGGGUUCAGGUUCUGGACAAGCACCACACCGAGGUGGUCAAAAUCGCGCACGAUGGCUGCGAAAAGCUGGAACUGCAGGUGGCACGGACCAUUGGAGUGCUGAUGCACGAACAACUGGAGCCGCCAAGUCAACCCAUUUUCAGUGGAUAUUUGUGGCGGCAGAGUGGUCAGGCCAAGGGAGCCCCGAACUCCAAGAAAUGGGUGCGACGAUGGUUCUCCCUGAGACCCGAUAACUGCCUCUACUACUACAAAACAGAAGAUGACUCGCAGCCCGUUGGUGCCAUGAUAAUGGCCAAGCACACGGUGGACCUGUGUCCUGUGGAUGUGGGCAAGCCGUUUGCCUUCAAAGUGGAUGCCGGGGAGGGUAUUCCCAUGUACGUGGCUGCGGACUCCGAUGAGCUGGCCAACCGAUGGCUCCAACUCCUGCGGCAGGCGGCCUCGCAGGACAACCAGUGGCUGGACAAAAGCGCGAGGUGCCUGUACCAGAGUCCCACCAACAUUCAGAGGCCCGACUGCUUCGGAUACCUACUCAAAUUGGGCUCAAGGUGGUGCGGAUGGUCGAAACGCUAUUGCGUUCUUAAGGAUGCCUGCCUCUAUUUUUACCAAGAUGCAAAUAGCAAGAGUGCAUUCGGCAUGGCCUGCCUGCACGGCUACAAAGUGGCCUCAAUGUCCGCCAAUGCAUCCGGCAAGAAGAACUCGUUCGAGAUAAUACCACCAGAAACGAAAUUGCGUCACUAUUUUUUCUGCACCGAAAGCGAAAUGGAUAAGAAGCGCUGGAUAUCCGCACUGGAGUACUCCAUUGACCGGUGGAUAAAGUCCGGGUAACUAAGGUUAAAGACACGCUCCAGAUCGGCUCUGAGCAGCCGGCUUAAGCGUCGCAGUUUUAGCUACUUGAUGGAUUAGUCGGAACACUUUCGACGAUUUGACGAUUUGAAGAUUUGAUUUGUUCGACACUAGUACGGGUACUACCAACAAAACAACACUUAGAACUUAAGCCAAGCAAACCAAUUAGUUUUAGGCAUAGGCGAUUGCUUAGUCCAAGGAAUUUAGUCGGUCAUUCAAAUCGGGUUUAAAACUAUUUUGAACAAAGCGUACAUACACAAAUAUAUACACAUAUAUAGAGGAAUACGAUUCAACAUUUUUGGUGUGUAUUCUUGUUAUAUAGCUUACAACAAAUGGCAUACAUAUAUAUAUAUACAAAACUUAUGUUUAGUGAGGUUGUCUUGUCACUUAUAUACAUAGAAAAUAUAUUUAGCCACGAAAAAAGUGAGAGAAACGAUCGUACAGCAGACCAAAAUGAUUGUCUAAUGUAUAUAGAAUUCGACUAGGCUAAAUCCAAAUUGAUAUGAUUAGGUAUUCAAAAGGCUCAAAUCCAGGCAAGGCAAGGCAAACGGUUUUUAGAUAAAUGUCUAUUUACAUAAAAGGGUAAUACACAGAACAAAAAUUAGUCAAGCGAGACCAAAAUUCGAAUCGAAAUUAUCAGAGUGGAUCAGUUUGAAAAGUCAUUAUCGAGGGCCGAGAUAAGUUUCCCAUUUUCCAUAGCUGCUUCCAUAAAAAGAAAAACAAAAUAAAAAUUACAACAUUAUGUGGAUAAUUAACAACGGUUUUCGUCCUUAUUGGAAACGAUUAUUAGUUAGACGCGAUUAUACGAUAUAAGCCAGAAUUAGUUAGCUUUUUGAUAGGUUGGAUUUUUUAGGGAACACAAACACACAUCACACACAACGUUCAUAGUAGAUCAAACAAUAAUAAAAUAGAGAUUAAUUCGGAAUCCAGUAGUUACUUUGUCAUAUAUAAAGAUAUGAUCUUUAAAAUGCUGAUUUCCUGUUUUUUUGGGUCAGUAUUAAAAUACAGAGAUUGAGUGAGGAUGCAACAAUUUUGAAGCUUCUUUUUGGUUUUUAAUAAGACGGUAGCGAACAUAAAUAUAUAUAUAUAUAUAUAUAUAUAUAUUUUAUAUAUUUUAAAUAGAGAUUUCCAAUUCGGCGAGGCGCAAAUUAAACAAAAAGUUAGGUAAUUAAUGUAUGCAUUAUAUUGAUUAUAUGAUAUACACAAGAGAGAGCCAUUUUAUGUUGUAAGUGGAAAGCAAGAUAGCAAAAACAAAAACAAAUGAAAAAGAAAACUAAAUAAGAGCUUUAAUUAUUAAAUAAAGAAUAUACCGAG